GAAAAAACUUAAUUACUUAUCUACUACCUUCGUUCUUCAGAAUUAUAAUCCUUCAAAUAAUUUCUUCAAUACUCUCUUGAGUGGUGGAACACUUUCGCUUUGAACGCCAUUCACAUCUAACCUCAAUUCCCUCUUAAUUUCAACACUUUCCGUCACGAAAGUUUCCUGGUCGUUUAAAAGUUUCACAUAUACCUAAGUCUCUACUCGUCAUCAAGAUGCAUUCAAAAAUGAUCUCAUCAGUUCUUGUAACUGCACUCCUCGGUCUUGCGCAAGCGCAAACAACAACCUUUCCAGUAACCGGUACCUUGGGCAAUGCGACCAUCCCCGAAAAUAAUCCAGUCGGUCCAAUCUAUGUCGCCACUCUUCCAGACAUGGAGUUCUUCAACCCCGAUGACCCACGCGGUAACAUCAAAGGAUCUGUCUCCGCAACUGCCAACCCUGAUGGCAUCGGUGUUCAAUUCCAAGUUCAAUUCUCCAACCUCCCCACCAGCGGUGGACCAUUCGUUUAUCACCUCCACGCACAUCCCGUUCCCUCAGAUGGAAACUGCACCGGUACCCUCGGCCAUCUCGAUCCUUUCCUCCGUGGCGAAACCCCCGCUUGCAACUCUUCCCUUCCUCAGACCUGUCAAGUGGGUGAUCUCUCUGGCAAACACGGAAAAGUCACUUCAGAUCCCUUUCAAGCUUCUUACGUCGACGAGUUUGCUUCAACACUCGAAGGCUUGGGUAGUUUCUUCGGCAAUCGCUCAUUGACGGUUCAUUUCGGAAACACUACCAGAAUCACCUGCGCGAACUUCACCUUGUUGGACGGUGUUGUUGGAGGUGAUUCUGAAGGAAGUGCAAACAGCACGAGAGAUGGAGCAAAUGGAACUGCUACAAGUACUGGUGGUGGACCUGCACAGUUCACUGGCGCGGCUGGCAAGAUCAGUGUCCAGAGCAGCUUGAUAGCUAUCAUGGGUGCUGUUUUGGUGUUCGCACUUUGAGCAGGUGAUAUGAUAUCUACAUUGAUAUUUCAAAACAAAAUUGAUGAUGAUAAUGUGGAGGGAAAGAGAAACGAGGAGUUUUUGGCGUUCAAGAUAUCCAUCAUACCCGGCACAAUGCCUACUUAAUGACUGCAAUAAUGGAAGAAAUGGUUAUUUCACAGAGGUAAUUGCGAAUUAGAGUGGUUAGAUAAUAGAUAGCUAGCUGCCUGCUGAUAGGUAGUGAUGUGUGCAUAAUUCAUAAACGUAUUGGCUUUGAACUGUCUGGCA